UAGGGAACCCUCGCUGAAACGCAGCCUCUGGCUAAACUAGCUUCACGCGCAGCUGUAAGUCAGCAUCGUCGCCACUCCUCCUAAUAGGAAGGGCGCAUCCCGGAUAGCUAGCUGGCUAGCUGUGCUCAGCGUAACGAUGGCAGUGAACCUCAGCAAAAACGGCCCUGCAGUAACGGCUGCCUACAAAGAAGUGGUGGAUGAGAAAGCCAACACCAACUGGGCCUUGUUCACUUAUGAAGGGAACAGUAAUGAUAUCCGCCUGGCAGAUAAAGGAGAUGGGGGACUGGAAGAGUUGGUUGAGGAACUUAAUAGUGGAAAAGUGAUGUACGCUUUCUGCCGAGUCCAGGAUCCAAACUCUGGUCUUCCUAAAUAUGUCCUCAUUAAUUGGACUGGAGAAGGUGUGAAUGAUGCCAGGAAAGGCAUAUGUGCAAAUCAUGUCAGCUCUAUGGCCAAUUUUCUUAAGGGGGCCCAUGUCACAAUAAAUGCCAGAGCCGAGGAGGAUGUGGAACCGGAGGCUAUCAUGGAAAAGGUGGCCAAAGCCUCGGGAGCCAACUACAGCUUCCACAAAGAACGUUCCAGCCGCUUUCAGGACAGCGGUCCUCAGGGUCCUGUGGGCUCAGUAUACCAAAAGACUAAUGCUAUGUCUGAAAUCAAAAAGACCAACAAAGACAACUUCUGGGCACAGGCAGAGAAAGAGGAAGAGAAACGUCGUCUGGAGGAACGGCGCAAGGCUGAGGAGGAGCGGCAGCAACUGGAGAGAGAGAGGAAAGACCGAGAGGCCAAGGAGGCAGCGCUGAGGGACAAAAGAGACAAGGAGAGGGCCUCUCAAAUCGAGCAACAAAAGAAGUUCCAACAGGAAGCUGCAAAUAAAGAGCAGGAGAAAUGUCGGGAGGAGCAGGAGGAAGAGGACCAGACAGCCCAGAGAAAAGCAGUGAGGAGAGGUGAAUCUGUGGAGAAGGCCAACGAGGCAGCCUCUCUAAUUUCUCAGCGUGCUGUGAAUCCCAGGGACAUGUUCAAGCAGCGAGAGAGAGGAAUAACUCCCAGUGACUCUGACGUUCCCUGUGCUGCUCCUGCAAGCCCACAGCCAGGGCGUCUGCAAAGCCCUUUUCUGUCUAAGCAAGUGUUUGAGUCUGAGCGAGCCAGCUCCCCCCAGCGCCAAGUAUCCCCUGUGCCAGCACGCUCUGCCUCUCCUGUCCGUGCCACAGAGCCUGAUGUGGGUGAUGGACAAUCCAGGUGUGAGUAUGAUGAGCAGGAGGCCGUCCUCCAGGAGCCGAGCAAAGAGGAGCCACCAGCUGCCAAUUCAUACGUUGAAGAGGUGACUUAUGAAGAGCCUGCACAGGUUGAGGAAACUAAUUUCUAUGAGGGGACUGAGGAAACAUCAGAUAGAGGCAGCUGUGCCAGAGCCUUAUAUGAUUACCAGGCCGCUGAUGACACUGAGAUCUCCUUCGACCCAGAUGAAAUUAUCACGGGCAUCGAGAUGAUAGACGACGGCUGGUGGAGGGGCUUUGGCCCAGAUGGCCAUUUUGGAAUGUUCCCGGCCAAUUACGUGGAGCUUAUCUAGCCCGGAGUAACUCCACCUCCCCCCACUCCUGCAGAUCAUCACUGUCUCAGCCUAAGAGAACCUCAGCAGCAGAACAACACACAGCGAGGUCGGUCCCCACACAAGUCAUCCGGCUGAAAUGGAUCAAAUAAGUAUCUAUAUCAUGGACCAGUGAACAGGGGUAAUUACAGGCCAGACAAUUUUGAAAGCCCUCAUUUCAAGAUAGAAGUUUCAUUAAAUGGUAAAUGUUUCAAGCAGCUGAUGGUUAGACAUAGUUUAUGGAUUUAUGAAAACUAUUAGCUGAACAAACCCCACCCCUGAAAAGUCUCUACCUACAAAUGUGAUGCAGUACUGAAUCAGCCUUAGUUACCUUCUAGUUCACAUUCCUCAUGAAGUGACUAAAACCAGUUUUAUUUCAGGUAUAAUUUUUUUGUUACUUGUAGCAAAUGGUCCUGUAAAUUUCAGGAAAGCAAAUCUAAGAUGGCUGUACCAGCAACAGUAUAAUUUGCCUUUAUUUACAGACAGACUAAUUUUUUUUUUAUGUGAUUAAACUUAUCCUGUGAGAAAUUUCAAGCUACAUGUUAGUGCUGGCAAGGUUGAAGUGAAUAUUUUAAAACAUCGAUUAUGUUUGCUGUGGUUGAAACUAGUGAGGAGUGCAUACAAUGGGUAAGUUCCCUUUAACUGUGAGCAUAUAUCUGUUUUCAUUUCAGCAUAUUUAAAUAGUCACAGAUAGGCUAAAGGGAAGAAAAUGCAAAUCACGUGUUUUCAUCUUGCGUUAGAAUCUGGCUGAUCAGAGGGUGAUUUUUAGCUCAUAGCACAUCUCAGAAUAAAUGUGAUAGUGGUGCCAUAUGGACGGGAAAUAAGUGCAGCAUUAUCCUGUACAACAUGCUUUUUGACAUUUUAGGUAUCACACCAUUUUAACCUUGGAAAAUAAUUUGCCUUUCAUGUCUGUCAUAGUAAUACCAGAAAGGGGCUUCACGUGUGCACGGCAUUAACCAUGUUUGUUUACCCAGAAUCUAUUGUGAUUAUGUUCUUCUUAAUAAAAAGAAUCUAUGA